ACCCGGAAGUAGGGUUCGCCUACUCGGUAGAGGUGCCUCUGUGCCCGAGCCUCGCGCGGUGGUGGUAGCAGCGCCGGGUGGCGCAGCCCUCGGGAAGGGACUGGUCGGGCUGCCGCCAUGGCCGGGGGCCAGGACCUGUUUGACGCUAUCGUGAUGGCGGACAACAGGUUCCACGGGGAAGGGUACCAGGAAGGCUAUGAAGAAGGCAGUAGUUUGGGCAUCAUAGAGGGAAGACAGCAUGGCACAGUGUACGGAGCAAAAAUUGGGUCUGAGAUCGGGUGCUACCAAGGUUUUGCGUUUGCUUGGAGAUGUCUCCUGCACAGCCGUGCAACUGAGAAAGACAGCAGAAAGAUGAAGGUCUUAGAAUCCUUGAUCAGCAUGAUUCAGAAGUUCCCUUACGGUGACCCUACUUAUGCCAACCUUCACGAAGACUUAGACAGAAUUAGAGGGAAAUUUAAACAGCUUUGUUCAUUACUAAACGUUCAGCCGGACUUUAAAAUCAGUGCGGAAGGUUCUGGACUUUCAUUUUGAGGAUGACAGAUGAACAAAGAUGAAACACGAAGGAACAGAUGUCCGUAUGCUAAGUGCUUAAAACUGAUGAAAGGAAAACAAUGAUGGGGCAUUCAUUGUUCUCGAGGGAGGGUUCCUCCCUGAACCUGCCUGUGUCGCCUCGGUGCCCCCACAGCCUGCACAGGCCUGCGCCCGUCUGCCCUGUAGUCUGAGCGAGGCCCUGGUGGAGCCCUCCUGUCUGCCUGGAGUUGGCUGGCCUCACUGGCCCUGCCCGGCGGGCGGGCCCUGCUGCUUCUAGACCCAGCGGCUCCCCCAGGCUGGACUCGGCGCUCAGGAACCGUUUUACAGAAACGAGAGCCUCGGGUUGCCAUGUAGUGAGUGCACGGGAAGUGGUGACGUGUGCGGUAGCAUUUACUGAACCUUGGGCCGGGCCAGCACUGUGUGGCGUGCCGCCUGUUGCAUUUGGUCCCUUCUUUAGCCCGCCAGGUGGUCAUUCCCGUUUUCCAGGUGGGGGGCUGAGACCUGUGGCGCCGGCCGAGAGGAGAGGCCAGCGGGACUUCGGAGCCGGGCGUGCUGGGUGUUGCAGGUGGGGCUGGGCUUUGCAGCGUUAAAAGUGGUUAAGGGGGAGCGUGUUAAACUGGAGACGAAAUGAUGGGCUACGCUGUGUGGAAGACACAGGUCCUUUGGGUCGGAGUCCUCCUGUUUGUCUCACAUAGAGGGUAUCCUGACAGGGAGAGGCCCGGCCAGGCCUCCCUGAGCUGAAUGGUUCUCCACGUUUCUCUGUGCUUCUGUGUGUCUCCCCC